AUGAGCUACUCCGAUGACGAAAUAAACAUUGAUGAUAGCGAUACCGAUCAAGGAGAUAUAGGAGACGAGUGUAUCUCCGAUGACGACGGAAUAGCUCUAGAAAGUCAUGAUCAAAACAAUUCUGAAUAUAGAGAGAAUGCAGCACCAGAUAAUGAGGUUCUAAAUCACGAUUCACUGGAAGCAGAAAUGAAGAAAGCAAUAGGCGAUGUUCAAGCAGUUCUCCAAGUGAAAACCGGUGUUUGUCGUAUUCUUCUCCACAAGUAUAAAUGGAAUAAAGAAUCUCUGCUAGAAAGAUUUUACGAACAUCCUGAUACAACAACUUUUCUAAUUGAUGCUCAAGUUAUUCCACGUCAUACUCAAACAGUUCCACCCGGAGAAUCUGAAUGUGAUAUUUGUUGUAUGGUCAGCGGACUUUCGGGUCUUGCAUGCAACCAUCGAGCAUGUACUCCAUGUUGGAGAUCUUAUUUGACUAAUAAAAUCGUGGACGGAGGACAAAGUGAAAUCGAGUGUAUGGCUGCCAAUUGCAAGUUGUUGAUUGAAGAUGAAAAGGUGAUGCUCUACAUCAAAGAUCCAGAUGUUAUUGCUUCAUACCGUCGUUUAAUUGUUGCCAGCUACGUGGAAACUAACAGGUUGCUCAAAUGGUGCCCUGGAGUGGAUUGUGGAAAAGCUGUCAGGGUGGGUCACUGUGAACCUCGGCUUGUUGUCUGCUCUUGUGGCUCCCGCUUCUGUUUCUCAUGUGGAAAUGACUGGCAUGAACCAGUUAACUGUCGCCUCCUAAAACUGUGGAUGAAGAAGUGUAGUGAUGACUCUGAAACAUCGAAUUGGAUUAAUGCAAAUACAAAAGAAUGCCCGAAGUGUAUGAUUACAAUUGAGAAAGAUGGAGGAUGUAAUCAUAUGACAUGCAAGAAUACAGCUUGCCGUUUCGAAUUCUGUUGGAUGUGCCUUGGGCCAUGGGAACCUCAUGGUUCAUCAUGGUACAAUUGUAAUAGGUUCGAUGACUCAGUUGCGAAGACUGCUCGUGACGCUCAAGAAGUAUCUCGUGCUAAUCUUCAACGAUAUCUAUUCUACUACAAUCGUUAUAUGGGUCAUCAACAGAGUUUGAGAUUAGAAGGAAAGCUCUACGCCACUGUAAAAUCGAAAAUGGAGCAAAUGCAGACGCUGUCAAUGUCAUGGAUCGAAGUUCAAUUUCUUCGAAAAGCUGUCGAUGUCUUAUCAGAGUGUCGACGUACUCUUAUGUUCACAUACGCCUUCGCUUUCUAUCUGAAACGUGAUAACAACGCGAUCAUUUUUGAAACUAAUCAAAAAGAUCUCGAAAUGGAAACAGAACAGUUGUCCGGGUUUCUGGAACGCGAUUUGGACAAUGAGAAUCUUGUGACUCUCAAACAGAAGGUACAAGACAAGUACCGUUACGUGGAGCAUCGCCGGAAGAUUCUAUUAGAUCAUUGUGCCGAAGGAGCCGAACAAGAUAUCUGGGUAUUCAACGAGUAA